UGUGCUGCAGAUAAAAAAAAAAAGUAAAUUUAGCACUUUAGCAUGGUGUGUGCUAGACUAUAUUCUAAAUACUUGCUAUGUAUUAUCCAUGAAUAUAGUUUUAUGUUGCAAAAAAGAUGUGGAAUUCUAGCUCACUAUGCAGAUUAAAAUUAGUAUUAGUCAAGGCUAAUAUGGUAAGUAUACAAAAAAAAAGGUAAGUAAACACCUUACUACAUUACAUUUUUCAUAUCAUGACCCUGUUUUCCACUGCCAGUUUAUGUGGUUAACCAGUGGGUGUGUGUUUGACAUUAUGUUUGAACCCCAAACCGAGAAGGUAAAGCGUAAGAUUUCUGCAAGCUCUUAAGCUUUCAGAUUCUGUGAUUUUAUGGGAAGGGUUAAGGUGGCAAAUAUACCACUACCAGUCUUCGUUUCUUUGAGGUUUGUUUAGGGUGUUGGUUUUUCUUCCCCUCUGACUAGCAGACCUGUAAUCUCUCAUUUGUGGCAGGCACUGUGCUAGGCCUUUGGGGUACACAGGUGGGCAAAACCCACAAGGUCUUUGUCUGCCUGGAGCUUAUUUUCUUGUCGGGGGGAGAGGCAGUAAAUAAUGUAAAAAGAGAGGGUUUCCAAGAUAAUUAUUGCAUAUGUUAAGUGAAAGAAAUAAAUGGGGUGAUGCAUUACAGAGUGAAUGGAGGUGGAGCCUCUUACUUGGGCAUGCUGGCAGGGAAGACUUCUGAGAGGAGGUGACAUCUGCAUGAGACCUGAAGGAGCUGAGCCAGGUAGGAGAACACAUAGGGAAGGGGUUCAGUGAGCUUGGACUAAGGUGGUCGUGCUGAGGACAGAGGAAACUGUUCAGAUUCAAGGUGUAGUUCAGAGGUAGAAACACCAGGAUCUUUGAGUGGAUUGAAUGAGGCUAAUCAUGGAGAAAAAUCUAAGAUGACUCAGUUGGGGGCUUGAUCAGUUGGGUAGAUCUUGGGGCCAGUUGCUUACAUGGGAAGUUUAACAUACUGGAAACCAGUACAUUCAAUUGUAGGGUGUGCUGGUGAAAGAACAGCAAAAACAGCCAACAUUCACUAAGUAUCUAGUAGAAAUAGGACACUGUACUGAAUAGUAUUGAUAAAGAGUUUCUUUUGCUGUACUCUGGGACUUAAAACUUCGUUGAGAAAAUGUAGGUAUAAUAUAAGGGCUAAACAAUUAUAUUUUUGUAUAUUAAAUGUCCAAAUUCCAUUGUAUGUAUGGAUUGAUUUUUGCUAGGCAGUGUAUUAGAGAAUAGAAUUACAGAGUUAUAGUAAUUUUUAGCCUGAUCGGGGAAACAGAAAAACAGCAGUUACCAUACAGUCUGACUAGUUCUGUGAUAGACGACAACAUGAGGUUGUGAGAUUGUGUGGCAUUAGAGGGAGAAACCCGUCGUCAUGACAGCUGUCAUCAGAAAAUGCUGGGGGAAAAGGCUUUAUGGAGUUGAAUUUAUGUGGUCACAUUAUUAUUAUUAAUAUCGUCUUAUUGUUAAGCACUUUAAGUUUCCAUGUGCUGUUUCAUUUUACUCUUCCACUAACCCCAUGAAGUAGAUACUGCUGUUAUACCUAUUCUCAGACGAAGAAAUUGAGGCAAAGAAUGAUGGGCCUGUGUGUAUUGCCAGGGUGACAGAGACUAAGUGGUGACUCAUGAUACUGAUUUCAGUGAGCUUAACCAGAUCUUGUGCUCUUAAUCACUUGUGCUGCAGUUGAAUGGUUUAUAGGUAGAAUUGUUGGAAGUAAAACUGAAGCAGUCCUUAUAUGUGCUAGACCUUGUAAUAAACCUUAUUUCAGACCAGGGAAGUUGUUAACAUUUCUCCGGAAGCAUCACCUUGCAUAGUGGAGCCUGGGGGCAGCCUGGAACACUCACUCUCAAUCACACGUUUUGAAGUCUGGGUUUUCUGUUUACUGUUAACUUGCAUUGUUAUUUUAUUGUGCAACAGUCUUUAAAGGCUUAUUAUUAUCACUAAUUUACAGAUUACAUAAUUGUUCAGUGAUUACUUCUUGUCAAAAUUUUUCUGUUGUGCUUAUGUCGAUCUUAAAUUUUUUUUUAUUCCUUUCCAAUUCCGUCUUCAUUAGUGGGCUAAAACCUUACCUCAUCUUCUGAGUAGUUAUUUUUCUUUAUAUGUGGAAGCCCAUUAACUUGCAUACUCUUAGCGUAGCUGAGCUGGGUUUGUAAUUUUCAAAAGAACUAAAAGACUGAAAGGAAAGCUGAAGAUAUGCACAAAAGGAUAUAACUAAAUAUAAAUGAAAUAAGGAUUAUAUUGUUCCUAGAUUUCUGUUCUCCCAUUCCAGUAGAAGCAGUUAAGAGCACUCAGGUCUCCUUCACUUGAUACACACCAGCCACAGUGAAUCGACCCCUCAGGGGUAGGUCAAUUCUUAGCUUCCUUCCCUCUCAUCCUUGUGAUUUUUUUUGCCUAAUGGGCUCCUGAGUGGCAUCUUGGGCCCAUGAACCUCCGAGCAGUCUCCACGACACUUUUCCCUUCUUAUGAACAAAUUCAGGAUGCUAGUACAAACUUGCCAGAUACCCUGGGAUCUUACCUGCAACUGCUUUUCAGAGCAAAACUUACUGGCAGUGUUGAGGCCUUAGUUUCCUGUUGCUCCUGUAGCAAAUUAUCACACAUUUAGUGGCUUAAAACAGCCACAAAUUUGUCAUCUUAUUAGUUUCUGGAGAAUAUAAAUCUAAAAUGGGUGGGCAGGACUGGUUCCUUCUGGAAACUUUAGAGGGAGUUUACCUCCUUGCCUUUUGCAGUUUUCUAGAGGCUGCCCUCAUUCCUUGGCUCAGGGCCCCAUAUCAUUCUGCUUUUGUCACCCCAUCUCCUUAUCUGACUCGGACCCUCCUGCUUCCUCUUAUAGGGAUCUUUGUGGUUAGACUGGGCCUACCCACUUAAUCCAGGAUAAUCUCCCCUGUCAAUUUCCCUAAUACAAUUGCAUCUACCGAGUCCCUUUUACUGUGUAAGGUAAGACACAGAGUCCAGGGGUUAGGAGGUCAACUUUUUUGGCUGGUCAUUACACAUCCUACCCUGGCUCCAAAGUAUAAUUCUUUGCCCACGUUAUGUGAACAUUUUAUAGUGAGUCUUCUUCACAUACUGGUGCCAGUUAAAUGAGUGCAUUAUGGAUCUACCAUGUUGAUGACUAUUCUGCCUUGUUUUCAGUGUUGAUUCUGGCAGAGGUCAACAUGGUUGGCAUUUAUACAGUAAAACCUGGGUGGAUGGUUCCCUUAUAAAGAGGAAGAGAAAGUAUAUUAUAUAUGAGAAGCAGAGGUGGAAAGAGUCAAUUCUGAUCAUGUUCUAAAUGUUUAAAAGAACCUCAGAGGGAAUCCGGUUUGCACAUUCUCAUUUUACAGAUGGAGACAUUGAAGCCCAGAGAAGCUUUGCAUGGAGUCUUGCAGCUCACAGCUAUAUGCAAGUUCCUUUUUUUUCCGAAAUACCAUCUCUCUGUCCUUCAUACCAAGGGAGGAACCUUGAUUCACUUUGAGAGACAAGACAGAGACAUUUGGUGAGGUAAAAUCCCAAGUGAAAAAUACCUGAAAUAAAGGGUGAAAAGUUUGGACCUUUCGCUGGAGAGAAGAGAAUGCCGGAAGACUUGGAUGAAAAUAUGGAUUACAGGUUGAUGUGGGAGGUUCGCGGGAGUAAGGGAGAAGUUCUGUACAUUUUGGAUGCUACCAACCCACGACACUCCAACUGGCUUCGCUUUGUUCAUGAGGCACCAUCUCAGGAGCAGAAGAACUUGGCUGCCAUUCAAGAAGGAGAAAAUAUUUUCUAUUUGGCAGUUGAAGAUAUAGAAACAGAUACAGAGCUUCUGAUUGGCUACCUGGACAGUGACAUGGAGGCCGAUGAGGAGGAACAAGAGAUUAUGACAAUGAUCAAAGAAGGGGAAGGUAAAAAUUCUAAAGGACAAUCAACAGCUGGUAGAAAAGAUCGCUUUGGCUGUAAAGAGGACUAUGCCUGUCCCCAGUGUGAAUCAAGUUUUACCAGUGAGGAAAUUCUUGCUGAGCAUCUUCAGACAUUGCACCAGAAACCCACAGAGGAGAAAGAAUUUAAGUGCAAGAGCUGUGGGAAGAAAUUCCCAGUUAAGCAGGCUUUGCAAAGACAUGCUCUUCAGUGCUCAGCGAAAAGCAGUCUGAAGGAUUCUUCACGAAGUUUUCAGUGCUCUGUUUGCAAUUCUUCCUUCAGUUCAGCAUCGAGCUUUGAGCAGCACCGGGAGACUUGCCGGGGAGAUGCCAGGUUCGUGUGCAAGGCCGACAGCUGUGGGAAGAGGCUGAAGAGCAAGGAUGCCCUGAGAAGACACCAGGAAAAUGUCCACGCCGGGGAUCCUAAGAAAAAGCUCAUAUGUUCUGUGUGCAAUAAAAAGUGUUCUUCAGCAUCAAGUCUACAGGAGCAUAGGAAGAUUCAUGAGAUAUUUGAUUGUCAAGAAUGUAUGAAGAAAUUCAUUUCAGCUAAUCAGCUAAAACGUCAUAUGAUCACCCAUUCAGAAAAACGACCCUAUAAUUGUGAGAUUUGUAAUAAAUCUUUCAAGAGGCUUGAUCAAGUGGGUGCCCACAAAGUAAUACACAGUGAAGAUAAACCUUACAAAUGCAAGCUUUGUGGAAAGGGAUUUGCCCACAGAAAUGUUUACAAGAAUCACAAGAAGACACACUCUGAAGAGAGGCCGUUCCAGUGUGAGGAAUGUAAAGCUUUGUUCCGGACCCCGUUUUCUUUGCAAAGGCACCUACUUAUACAUAACAGUGAGAGGACUUUCAAGUGUCAUCACUGUGAUGCUACCUUUAAGAGGAAGGAUACAUUAAACGUUCAUGUCCAAGUGGUCCAUGAAAGACACAAGAAGUACAGAUGUGAGCUAUGUAAUAAGGCAUUUGUUACACCUUCAGUGCUUAGAAGUCAUAAGAAAACACAUACAGGAGAAAAGGAGAAAAUCUGUCCAUAUUGUGGCCAGAAAUUUGCCAGCAGUGGUACACUGAGGGUUCAUAUCCGUAGCCACACAGGUGAACGUCCCUAUCAGUGCCCUUACUGCGAAAAAGGAUUCAGUAAAAAUGAUGGGCUGAAGAUGCAUAUUCGUACUCACACCAGGGAGAAGCCAUACAAGUGCUCAGAGUGCAGCAAGGCCUUCAGCCAGAAGCGAGGCCUGGAUGAGCACAAGAGGACGCACACGGGAGAAAAGCCGUUUCAGUGUGACGUUUGUGACUUGGCUUUUAGCCUGAAGAAAAUGCUGAUCCGACACAAGAUGACGCAUAAUCCCAAUCGUCCACUGGCAGAAUGCCAGUUUUGCCAUAAGAAGUUUACAAGGAAUGACUACCUCAAAGUGCACAUGGACAAUAUCCAUGGUGAAGCUGACAGCUAGUGGCAGCUGUAAAGGCAUUAAGCCAUUCAGAAGGGCUCCUAAUACAAAACCCAGAUUUCUCUCACCUGAUUAGCAUAGCAGAAGUAGCCAAAAGUAAUUCACUGGACUCAUAGUUCUUAUUUUGCCUACCUUUAGAGUCUAUAGAUACACUUGCAAAAAAAGAGAGGAAAAAACCCUACUUUUAUCCAGAAAUGGUACCAUGGAAAAAAAAUAACUCUGUAGCCUUUGAAGUACUACUUAUGUUAUAGUUUAUAAAAAUGGAAAAAGGAACCAUGGCUCUUCUUCUUGGCCAUUUCUCUGUAGUGAAGUUUAUUAACAUACUCCUUAUGAGGACUUUUUAUUUUAUUGCUAUCCCUGUACACGUGUGAGUCUGUGUGUGCAUGCACUUGUACUGCUGGAUAGUGCAACUGGUUAUUACUAAUUUAGCCAGAAAGAGAUGAAGAUUUCCAAGAUAUUUCACUGUGGAUAAAGAUAGGAGGCAAUUUUCAAGGUUUCAAGCAUGAUAACAGGGUAAAACCUGCUAUUUUGUAAAGCAGACCAAAAGUUGACCUUAUAUAAUAGUUCCUUACAACAGAUCAGUGGGUCACUUUGCUGUACAGUAGAAACUGACAGAACACUGUUAAUCAACAAUAAUGGAAAAAAAUGAAAAUCUUUAAAAGAAGUAUUUAAGAACUAAAACAUCUAUUAAAAUGUUGCUCAUUUUAGACAAUUGUCAGGAAACAUUUCCUGUCAUCAUUCAGAUGCAGACCUUCAUGGUCUAGAAUACUUUUAUAAAAUUACAAAAAAGACCUUAACACUGAAGUAUUUAUUAAGCCGAUCCUCCUGAGUUUAUAUUAUGUAUCUUUAAUUAUAACUAAAAAUUGGAACAAAAGAGGUUCUCAGUAUCUGUUGACUGACAGAGGUGCAUUACAGCAUUAGUCAUGAUGAACCUGGCCCUUUACCCUCUCAUUCCACAGAAGUUCACAGUGUGUGUUCGUGCAAAUACAACAGAGUCCUCAGAGCAUUUACAUUCUGUUUUGCAAAACACAUUUUCCAGAAUCUUGGCAGUAAAUGAUUCUGAAACAUUUUUUAAUUACUCUCAACCAUAUAUAAUUAGGAAUCUAGACUACAAAAUACAAACCUGGCAAUUGUUAUGAUUGAAAUUAUCACUGAUACUGAAGGGACAAUAAAACAAGAAGUAUAAUUUCUUCCUUUAGAUUAUAUUUCAUUUAAGCGCUUGAGAGCAACAUACAGUGAACACGUUGUGUUAGGAGAAGAUAUGCUGAAGUCUUAAUAGCGCUGUCAGAAUAGUAUAGAAGAAUCCAAAAACCAGAAAUAAAUUUAAAAUAAAGCCCAGUUCAUGAACUUCUCUAUUUGGAGCCCAUUCAAAAGAGAGGAAGUAUAAUUUUAAGAAAUUUAUUUAGUUCUAAUGAUUUAUAGAAAAAGGUUAUCUAAAGACACAAUUCUUUGAAGUCGGGAACUUGUUUUAGAAUUUUAUUUAUGCUCAGUUCCAGUUUUAAAAAGAAACAAAGGUUCAUUAUAGAUAUUUAAGCUCAGUGAAAGUAUUAAAUUUGAGACUCACCAAAGAUAACUUUUGAAAAAUAAAUGCCCAGAUUAUAAUUUAGAAGAUAUCUAAGUAUGGCCAUAUGUAGCAUUUGUUCUGAAAUUAUAGACUGUAUUUUACCCAAAUAGAUUUUGGUCGUUUUUCUCCCUAUGUCAUUUGUUUCAGCAGUUUAUUUUUAGAUUUAAAGUGUUUUCAAUUUAACAUGACAGUUUGCUUAAUAUCAUUUGAAUAUAAAAGGACAGCUGUAAAAUUUAGUAGUGUGUAUUAUUUAAACACAUUCUCUUAUUCCUUUGGAUACUGCCUUUUCUGUAUGGGAUGCUUCAUAGCCCGAUUAUGUGAUGAAUGUGAAACUUGAAAGGAAGCCAAAUACCAAUUUUGUAUAAUCUCAGUGACUCACAGUUUACAGGACUGCUGUGGAAAUUACCCUCAAAACCAUGUUAUCACCAUGCUGUGGAAUAAAUUGAUAAGGAUGAGGUUCUAGACCUGAUCAGGCUCAAAGGUUUAUAGUCAAGCAAAACUUUAGAAAAUAAUAUGGAGAGAGACGUACUGGUACACCAGCACUGAAACCAAAACAUGUCCUUAGAAAACAAUUUCGUGCUGUCAGCUUUUAUCCCAGUGAUGAUUAUUUAUCAGCAUUUCAGACAUACUAGCAUUUGUGUCCUCCAGCUUUAAAAUCAUUUGUCAAUGACAAAAAGAUAAGAAUUGAUUUGGCUUGAUUGAGAAAUUCAGAACAUAAACAAGACUGUCAUAGAGGAAAAAGUCUUACAGGUGAGCCGGAGUGCAGGUACCUGCUUUGAAGUGUCUUUCUCAUCUUUCCUGCCUGUAAAAGGUUAUGGUUCUGGUACCAUCUUGGAAAAAGACCAAACUCUUACUCUGAAGUCAGGGCUAAGUAAUUUUGAAUGGUAUUCAAUAAUAUGGGUAGUUUCAGAUAUGCUUUUAUAAUUACUCUCUGUGUUUUAACAAUCAAGAUAUUUGUAUGUCUAGAAUUUCUCCUUGUUUUACAAUCAUUGGCUUCUAUUAUUUUUCUUUCCUUUUUUAUGAGGGAGAGUGGUUGUUGACUAUACAGAAUACUUCAUUGUGAUUCACAGUUGUAGCACAAAAGUAUUCACUGGUGAUUCAUUCCUGAUAAUACAGGAUAGUUAAAAUACACUUUUAAGAAAGAUUUCUUUGGAGUUCCCAUUGUGGUGCAGCGGAAACGAAUCUGACUAGUAACCACGAGGUUGUGGGUUCGAUCCCUGGCCUUGCUCAGUGGGUUAAGGAUCUAGUGUUGCCAUGAGCUGUGCUGUAGGUCGCAGAUGUGGUUUGGAUCCUGUGUUGCUGUGGCUGUGGUGUAGUGCCAGCAACUACAGCUCCGAUUCAACCUCUAGCCUAGCCUAGGAACCUCCAUAUGCCAUGAGUGCGGCCCUAAAAAGCAAAAAAAAAAAAAAGAAGAAACACUUCUUUGUGUGUAUGUGUGCGCAUGCGUUUGCAGAGGAAGAUUUUCAUGAGAUGCUAACACAUGGAAAUACAUUGCUUUGUUUAAAACUUUUUUGACCUGCUGCAGCUAACACACUGGAUAAGUGUGAAUAUGGAGGGUCUUAAUAGCCUUAGUUUGUGCAUUCAAUUUUAUGUGCUGCUACCUCUCCAAAACUGAAAUGAAGGGAGGCAAAGAGGAUAGGUACUGAAAGUAGUCAUUUUUUUCCUUCACAAAUCUAAACGUUGCUUGUGAAACCUCAUCUUGGGGUUGUGAACAUAUGGAGAUGGGUAGAUAGGAGGAAAUGUCCCUCUUUAAAAUUCUAAGAUGUCAUCAUUAAUGAUGAGGUUUAUUGCAUAUACAUAUAUGUGUAGUAUUUGUAAAUAUAGCAAACUUCAAGCAUUUCAAUUUUAUUAUCAAUCUACAAUAAAUCUAUAUAAUCACUACCACAGUUGGUAUUAGCACUAUAUUUUACCCUAGAACUGUAACUAGCAGUUUGAUAGUAAAAUCCAGAUGAACAUUUUAAAGUUGUUUUUGACGAAAGAAGAAAAUAUAGUUGCCAUUACUCCUAGUCUUCAUGUUUUACGGUUUACUUCUUAGCAUUUCUAAAUGGGGAAGAUAUCUCAACAGUUAAGUCAAGUUGGUUUCAGGGCCACAAGAGAAACACUUUAAGUCUCAUCUCAUUCUUGGUCAAACAUAAACACCACAUGAAAAGAAACGUCAUUAGUAUAAGUGAAAGAAACUUGAUUUAUAAUCUCUGAGCAUAAGUAUCCUGAUAUUUACAAAUAUCAUUUAAGGAUGAUAAAAGUUUGGCUAAUGUUUUAAAGGUAUUCCUUUUUUAAAGGUAUUAUUUGAUCUUUUUAGUGUUGCUUCAAUCUUGUGAGGUUUCCCUGAUACAAAAAAAAAAAAAAAAUCAUCAUCAUGAUUCUCCAAGUGGUAGAUUUAGAAACGAUACAUUCAUUUAACUUUGAUCUGUCAGAAUUCAUUUAACUAGCUAAAUGGAACUUUUAUAGCCUUAACUACAUUGAGCUCAAAACUAUUAUCACUGCUGGUUGUUAAUUUGUUCUAUGACAGUAAAAAAAUUAAUUCUGGAGCCUUCAAUGUGGGCCAUGUCAGAAUAGUCUACAUUUCUAGGCCCAUGAACUAGUACAUAAUGCAAAGGGCAUCUUUUAUCAAAAUGGUGCUGCUGAUCCAUUGUCUACAUUUUUAAAGCUUAACACAAUACUGUAAAACAGCAUAUAUAAAAAUGUUUAUAUUUGUUACAAAAUAGGUUACCUAAAUAUUAGGUGGAAUAUUUAACUUCUGAAUCCUGCAAACAUUUAGGCAAUUAGAAUAAAUUUUUAUGCCACCUUGGCACAUAACAUAGCAGAAGGCAUCUCAUCUGAAUAGUAAUUCAUAUGCUGAAGAUUGAGAAGGGAUAUGGGAACCACUGAAACUUGAUCAUCUGAAUUAAUGGAAAGGAGUUUAUAUAGAAUAUCUGUUUUUGACAAGAAACACUGUAGACUUACUAGGAAUUAAGCUUAGAAAGUGUGCAUGCGCUCGCGUGCACACACGCACACACAUAUUUGCCUCUGCAAAAUAAUAUCAAAGUGAAAAGAAUCCCACCUCAUAGUGGACACCUCAUUUUAAAACUGUCUUGUCUUCUUGGAGAACAUCAAAUAAUACUCUUUUCUUUAACAGUUAAUUUUAUCUGACAUCUUUUACAUAAUGACUGACUGGCAUACCUUUUUUCUAAUUCUACUGAAAACUAUUCUGUGACUAUAUGUAAAGUUUAGAUGUGUUUCUAAAUAAAGAGCUAUGGUUAAGAUUUCGCA